UCGGCCGGGCCGCCUCCGCCAGCCAGCAUGGCGAGCAGCUAGUGCACACCAUGUCGGACACGCCGGCCACAUCCCAUCUCGGCGCCCUCUUCUGCUGCGUCCUCCUCUGUCUUCCAAAAGGUACGGUCCAGGGGCCGCAUGAGAAGCGCAUCCUCAACGACCUGCUCAAAAACUACAAUGUGCUGGAGCGGCCGGUGGCCAACGAGUCCGAACCGCUGGUGGUCAGCUUCGGGCUCACACUACAGCAGAUCAUUGACGUGGAUGAGAAGAAUCAGCUGCUAAUUACGAAUGUGUGGUUAAAUUUGGAAUGGAAUGAUGUGAAUCUGAGGUGGAACGCCUCGGAGUACGGGGGCGUUCAGGACCUCCGGAUACCACCGAAAAACAUCUGGAAACCAGAUGUUCUAAUGUACAACAGUGCGGACGAGAAGUUCGACAGUACGUAUCCCACCAAUGUGGUAUUAAAAAACAACGGGAGCUGUCUAUAUGUACCUCCUGGUAUUUUCAAGUCGACAUGCAAAAUCGACAUCACCUGGUUUCCGUUCGAUGACCAGGAGUGUAAAAUGAAAUUCGGUUCGUGGACGUACGACGGUUGGCAGCUGGACCUGAUCCUGCCGUCGGACGAGGGGGAUGCCAGCAACUUCAUCCCCAAUGGGGAGUGGACCCUGCUCGGUAUUCCGGGGAAGCGCAAUGAGCUAUCGUACGCCUGUUGCCCUCAACCCUACAUCGACAUCACGUACUCAGUCAGAAUCCGUCGGCGAACGCUCUACUACCUUCACAACCUGGUCCUUCCCGGUAUCCUGAUAUCCACCAUGGUUCUACUGGCCUUCACUCUGCCGCCUGACUCGGGCGAGAAGCUGACUCUAGGCGUCACAGUGCUCCUCUCUCUGACAGUGUUUCUGAACCAAGUCGCUGCAAAUAUGCCAGAGACCUCAGAGGCUGUGCCCCUACUAGGUGUUACCAUUUUGCUAUCGCUCACUGUCUUUCUAAAUAUGGUGGCAGAGAGUAUGCCCACUACAUCCGACGCAGUCCCACUGAUAGGGACCUACUUUAACUGUAUCAUGUUCAUGGUGGCGUCAUCGGUGGUGAGCACGGUGCUCAUCCUCAACUACCACCACCGCUCCGGUGAAACGCACGAGAUGGCGCCCUGGGUUCGGAGCGUCUUUCUGCAAUGGAUGCCGUGGCUGUUACGCAUGUCACGGCCCGGCGAGAAAAUCACACGCAAAAACAUCAUCAUGAACAACAAGAUGAAGGAGCUGGAGCUGAAGGAGCGCUCGUCCAAGUCGCUGCUGGCCAACGUGCUGGACAUGGACGACGACUACCGGGGCGGCCUGGCGCCGGGGCCGCUCACACUGGCCGCCAACAGCGCCAACUACACGCGCCUACCGCCGGGCCAGUCGGUGGACGACCUGGCGGCGCCCGGCUGCCUGGCCGGCUGCGCGCGCGAGCUGCAGCUGAUCCUGCGCGAGCUGCGCACCGUCACCGACCGGCUGCGCCAGGACGACGAGGAGGCCGUGGUGACCAGCGACUGGAAGUUCGCCGCCAUGGUGGUCGACCGCCUGUGUCUCAUAGUGUUCACGCUGUUCACUGUGGUGGCCACGGUGGCCGUGCUGCUCUCGGCGCCGCACAUCAUCGUGCCGUGACGUGCCGCGCUCGGACUGGGGCCGCCGGCGCGAGCCGGGACGUGCCAGCCGGCGGCCCGGCGCGCCGUCUGCUCACCGGCCGCCGCGUCGGACUUCGACACGGCGGCGCUCGCACCGUCUCGUUACCCUGUAGCUCCAGAGGCCCGUUCUCAUCCCACUUUCCACCCUACCCGCUCACGUUGGCCAACUCAGUAUUUUUUAGCAUUACGGGUAGUCUGUGCGAGUGACACUCUUCCUUCAUACCUGAGCCGGCGAAGGCCAGGUGCCAAAUACCGACGUAGGUCAGCCCGGCCCCUACUGGAGCGCCGGCCAGAGUAUGCAAUCGUUAUCCUUCGUCCUGACGAGAGUGCUCUGUGAUUCGCGAUAGUAUUAAAGGCUGAGUCCGUAUUCCCCUCAGAGGCGUGCUCUGCCUCGCUGGAAUCCUUGCCUUCUGUGAUGUUUUAUUUCCAGUCAUAUCGAUUCAGACAAUGGCGCAGAGUGGUUCACGUUUUAGGUGUGUGACCGAGGCGCGCAUGUGCGAAAGAGAGAGUGAGAGAGAUGCCUGACAGAGCCCAGUUUUGAUAUUGGUCGUGGUUGAUCAUGAUUCUCGUCAGUGACAUACUUGUCAAGGGAUUUAUACAGAGCCGUGUCGCUUUCAUGCUAAGAGUAGAGUUGGGCUCAUUUCAGCGAAAGUUCUUCCGAGUAUAUCAGCAUUGUUCUUAGACUUUGAAUGUCCAUGGUUUUAUGAAUAACGAGGGUUUCUCUUAAUGUUGCGCAAGAAAAGAUGCCGAAAUUG